GAUGUUGUAAAGCUAGCAUUGCUACAUCUGUUGGGCAAUGUUAUGUUUGGGCACCAGUCAUGUGUUAGUUUUCCUAUUGGAUACAUUAACCUAGUAGAUGAUUUGGAUGCAUUCGAUAAAUUCCCAUGGGGUGAAGUCAUAUGGGAAGAGUUGUUAACACAUGCUGGGAGAUGUGCACAAUCCCUUAAAGCUCGUGGAAGGGGAAGAGUGACAUUUGGAGGGUUUGUCUUUGCCUUACAGGUAUGGGCAUUUGAGAAAUUUCCUUCCUUGAGAGAGUCGGGGCAUUGUCAAAUUGUGAAAGGAAGAGAAGAUUGGAUUCCACGUUGCCUAAGGUGGGAGAUUUAUGCAAAGAUUUCAGCACAGUUUCUUCAUGAAGCCAUAUUUGAAAAUCCAGAGUUUGAAGUGUCAAAGAUUGUUCCAAGUGAGAGGGAGUUAAAUGAUCCUUCAUUGGCAUUAUUUGCUAAUGAAUACAUAAGAAGGGGGAUAGAUGACACUGUGCAACAUAUUGAGAGCUCAGAAAAGGCUGCAACUGUAGCAAGAAAUCUGAGUGUUGGUAGUGCUAAGAAAAGAAAACUUUCAACAACUGGAAAUGCCCAAAACAAGCCAAAAGAGAAGAGAAAGAGAACUAUUCACAGCAUGAAAGAGGAAUUUCUUCCAAAAAUAAAAUCAAAGAGGAAGAAGGAGAGUCAGAGUCAGAUUAUAACAAUUCUCAAUGACAUGAAAAAAAUGCAGGAAAGCCAAGGGAAAGUGCUGAAGAUGAUCUUUGAGCAGUUAGAAAGAAAAAAGGGAGAUGAUACAGAGGAGAGGGGUUUUAAAAAGAUAGAUGAUGAAAUUGUCAAUGAGAAUGUUGAGAGUGAAGACAUGGAAAAUAAAAACAUGGGGAAGGAUACUAUUUUGGAAGAAGAUGGCACUGACCAUGGAGAUGUGGGAAAGGAUGGCACUUCCAGACAUGAUGACAAUGA